AAAACGGGACUAACUGCCCUGUUUCUCUGUCUUCAGUAUUGCCAGUGGAUUCGGUGGUGCUUUGUUCGUUUACCUGAACCGACUGAUUGUCCAGUUCAUCAGAAAACAAAAGACCAUCAACAAAUUCCUCAUGAAGAAACGACUACUGUAUCCAGCGCUGGUCACUUUUUUGAUUUCAACACUGACAUUUCCACCUGGAUUUGGACAGUUUAUGGCUGGAAAGUUGACUCAGAAGGAGUCUCUGGUGACUUUGUUGGACAAUCGGACGUGGGCAAAACAGGGAAUUGCUGAGGAAUUUGACUACAUUGGAAACGCCCAAGCCUGGAAACACCCACAAGUCAACGUCUUUGUUACGCUGGUCCUCUUCAUCAUCAUGAGGUUUUGGAUGUCUGCCUUGGCCACCACUAUCCCUGUGCCCUGUGGAGCUUUCAUGCCUGUGUUUGUCAUUGGAGCAGCGUUUGGUCGUCUGGUUGGAGAAAGCAUGGCAGCCUGGUUCCCAGAUGGCAUUCACUCUGAUGGAUCCAUCUAUCCCAUAGUGCCAGGAGGCUACGCUGUUGUGG